GGAUCCUGCCUCGCGAUGUGAGAGGGGGCGUGAAAAGAGUGGGGGGUGAGGGAGAGGGAUACUAUGUCCUUCGAGAAGGGAUCGAGCAGUGAGGAUCGUUACAGUGAGGAAGAUGAUGGAGAACGGGGGGAGGUCGAGGGUGAUCCUCGUCGCUGUCGUGUAUCUCAGCCUUUUUCUGGACAACGUGUUGCUCACCGUUGUUGUGCCUAUCAUACCCGAUUACCUUUGCACGCUGGAUGGAAAUUCGACGGGGAACGGUGAAGACGACGAGAAUGGCCGAGUGGGUUUAUUAUUAAGCUCGAAGGCGCUGGUUCAAUUAAUAUUGAAUCCAGCGGUGGGCACUUUUACAGGCACUCUCGGUUACACAAAACCAUUGUUCCUUGGAAAUCUGAGCCUUUUAUUGGCGGCAACGCUGUUCGCGUUCGGCCAAACUUACGAAGUACUGUUCCUGGCACGAAGCGUCCAGGGCAUUUCCUCGGCUUGUAUCGGCGUUUCCGGUAUGUCGCUGGUCGCCUCCCAAUACCCGGAAGAGGACAAGAGGUCGAGGAUCAUGGGCUUCGUCCUUGGAAGCAUCGCGCUGGGGGUACUUGUCGGAUAUCCGAUUGGCUCCGUUCUCUACGACCUCGAGGGGAAAAUGGCCCCCUUCCUCCUCGUCUCUUUCUUCAUCGUCCUCACCAUAUGUCUGCAGAUUUUCACGUUGGACGUAGAAAUGAGUGCCGAGUCCUUGGAUCGAGAAACCUCUUGGACGCACCUGUUAUCCGACCCGUACAUACUAAUCAUCUUUGGUGCGAUAUGGUGUUCAACGUCGCCGAUGGCCAUCCUGGAGCCCUGCCUACCGAUCUGGCUACGAACUCACAUAAAACCCAAGAAAUGGCAACUGGGAACGGUGUUCAUCCCGGACAGCAUAGGCUACCUGGUUGGAACGAAUUUCUUCGGCGUGAUAGCUUAUCGCUACGGGCGUAGCAAAAUCGCCGUUCUGGCUAUGCUGUUGGUCGGGAUCAGCGCCAUUUUGAUACCAUCCUCCCGGACGAUGUCGCAACUGAUAGUCCCCCAUAUGGGGAUGGGUUUGGGUAUCGGAGUGGCGGACGCCGCACUGGUUCCACUGUUGGCCAGCCUCGUGGACCAAAAUGGCAAUUACGGGCCCGUGUACUCGAUUCAACAAGUGGCUGUCAGCCUGGCCUACUCUCUUGGGCCCAUAGCGGGUGGAGAGAUGGCGAAGACGAUCGGUUUCCAAUGGGUUAUGCGAGUGAUCGGGUUAAUGAACAUUGCCUAUUGCCCUCUGCUCAUAUACCUAACGCUGGAGAGGAGGAAAUUGUUAACCCAGCAGGAUGAAAAGAGGGAUUACGAGACGUUCCAGAAAUCAGUGGCGAAAUACGAACGAUUCCGGGAUUCUGACGACGAUCUCUGACGCCCUACUCGACGAUCU